CUAAUUAUUAAAACAUAAGUGCACCUUCUGUAUAUGAUGGAUUAUUCAAAUGAGAGUAUUAGUCCCAUGCCAAUAAUCCUAGAAGCUUUGCAAGUAUUACUCUCCGAUCACUGCUAUAAAAGCAGAAGCAGAACCGAGACCAGCAAUUUGGUGCACAAUGUUUCUAGUGAAAAGUUUUUCGUUAUUUUCUUGUUUAAUAGUUUUAACAGCUGGUGCAGCUGUUAAAACUCCUGCUGGAGCACCAUGGGCAAAAUAUGCUUCAAAACCUGUUUACUCAAGAGCUCUUGGGCCACCGCCAUCAACUAUGGAUACCAUAACAGUGCCAUUCAUGCCAAAAUCACCGUUUUUCCCAAAAUUCGUUGAUCCCAAAAUGAUGAUUUCUAAAAAGACUGAUCUAUUAAGCAACUUAUUUGGAGGUUUGGGACCUGUAUAUCCUAUGGGACCUGCAUACCCUUUCAAACCAUUCAUGCCAUAUACAGACACUGUGCCAACUUUGUAUAGUAUAGGCAGUGAAGAAUCACUGAGCAGUCUGGAUAAAAGUAAAAUGGAAGAUGCUAAUGUUCCAUAUAAACGGGGAAUAUUCGGACCUUUUAUUCCUCCUAAACCAUUUGGGCCAAUGGGUCCUAAGUUUGGCUCGAUGAGUCCUAUGUCUCAAUACUCAGAUUUAAAUACAAUACCCAAUUACGGCAUAAAAGAUAACUUUUCUCGCAAAAGAAGAAGUGUAGAUGAACCUUCUUUAACAAAACUUCGAUCGAUCAUGGACGUGGGCAAACCAGCAACAAAAAACUUAGGACCUCCGCCUCCAUAUCCUACUCUUGCUCCAAUUUCUGAAGAAUCGGAAGAUGACAUCAAUUUGCUGCUUCAGAAAAUAGGAAGUGCUACAGCACCAAAAGAAUAUUUGCCUGGAAUGUUUGGACCUUUCAGUCCAUUUGCACCAAUGAUGGAUCCAUCUAUGUACAUGGCAAAAAAAUCUACUUUCUUGGACACUUUGUUUAAGAAUCUUGCUACCAGUACUCCAGCACCAGAAGUAGCAACAGAGGUACCCACAGCAAAAAGUACUAUUGUACCACCUUCUUUUUGGUAUCCAUCAUCAAUAAUACCUAGUCCAACUGAAUAUAACAGCAAAGUAGAAGACUUUUUGAACAAACUAUUUGAUAGUCUAAAGCUUAAUAAGACUGCAGCAGCAAGCGACAGUGAUACUACAAGCAUGAAAAGUGAGUUCUUGAGAUCUGUCAAACUUGAUGAAGAUGAUGCACAAGUGAAAGUUGCAAGAUCUAUCGAGGAUCUAUCAUCCAUCAAUGCAGCUAAAGAUGCCAUUGUUGACAGUAUAAUGUCCGAGCUGGGUGAUUUGAAGACUAAUAUGGUAACUACAAUGAAUGACUUAGUUGCAUAUCAAAAAUCCACAUCAACGACUGCAGGAAAAAAGCCUUUUAAACCAUUUACACCAGGUAUGUGGCCAGGUAUGAAACCACCUAUUGAUGGAACACUUCCAUUUCAACAAAAAAUGGCAGUCCUGAGUCAAGUUUUUGACAUGUUAUCAGAUUUACAAAAAAAUAUUACUUUAGCUGUUCAAAAUGUGGUUAAUUCAAAAAUGGGUUCUAGUGGAAUUUCUAAUUCAGCUUUAGUUAAUAAUGCUAUGCCUACUAUGCCUAUGAAUUUGGGUCUUCUAGAUGCUCUUAAAAGUAAAUUGAGCACAUUUGACUAUCAAGUACCUACUACUUAUGCUGCAGCAUCUGAUAAAUUUGGUAUAAACAUGGUCCGUUCAUUGCAAAAAACUCCAGGAUCAUUUUGGGUAACUUAUCCUGAAGAAAAAAGAGAAGUUGAUAGUAAUGCAAAGCCAGUAAUUGAUGAAGAUAGUAGUGCCAUUCAUAAAGAAACCCGUGGAGUUAAAAUGCAAAUGCACCAAGGAUAUCAGAGUUUACCAGCAGGUUCUGUAGAGACUGUACAGGCUGGAGGAGGAUCUACGCCUGAUCACCAAGGUGGAGGAAUUAAACUAUUUGAUACCAGUGACUACGAGGACCUCAACAAUUGGCCCAACUGGAUGGAAUAUAUGAAGAACUAUCAAGGACAUAGGCACCAUAAUCAUCACUAGACGUUAUCGUUCCAGCAGGAAUGCAUCAAUUACUUGUAAUUACCAACUUUUAUCUUAAAAUUGGUCACAUUCAUAUAAAAUACAUAACGUGUACGCUUGAUAAUUUUCGUCAAUAAAGUAUGAUUUGCAAAACAUAUCAACUAAA